AUGGAGUCUCCAGUUAGGAAAGAGUACCAUCAACUACUGACUCCUCCAUCGUCAUCGGUAAAGAAACAUGAUUUGAAAGCGGGUGAUCUCAAAGAACUGUCUAUCAAGCCAAGAAAGCUUAUAAAUGAUUUAAGUAGAGUUAAAAAGUCACCAUCUCGGAAGAAGAAACUAUGCGAUUCGCCUACUACUCGCAGUUUGCCGCAGACAACAAGAAAACCAAGACUGAAAUAUAGACCAGAACUGGAUACUGUUUUUCCUUUGGAUAAUUAUGUUGAGGGAUCUGCCAAGAGCUCAUCAAAAGAUGCUGAAUUUUUAACAUACGUGUUAAGUUAUUCGAAACGAAUCGUGGUGGUCCAAGGAGCUGGGGUAUCAGUAGCAGCAGGAAUUCCAGACUUCAGAUCAGCGAAUGGGCUAUUCACAACUUUAAAAUCAAGUUCACCAAAUGUCAAGUCUGGGAAGGAUUUAUUUGAUUUUAACCAUGUUUACUCGUCAAACUCCAUGUCGAUAUCUUUCAACAGCCUAAUGAGUAAAUUGCAUUCUUUAUCAUGUACUAGCAAACCUACUGCAUAUCACAGUUUUAUCAACCAACUGUGCGAAAAGAAUCAAGUGAAAAGGAUAUAUAGCCAAAACAUCGAUGGAUUAGAAACAAAAUUUCAAACAACCUCAGCUAACGAAUCUCCAAAGAAUCCACAAGUAGUGCAAUUGCAUGGAUCCAUUCACCAUAUGUCCUGUAUGAAAUGUAGGAAAAAAUACGACAUGGAUCCUUCUAUGUUUAAAACGGAUGAAGAUGCCGAAACAGGUGAAAUAGUCCCGCAGUGUCCAGAAUGUAAAGAGUUUGAAUCGGUAAGGUCUGUUUGUGGUAAGAGAUUACAAGGAGUGGGUAGACUCAAACCAAGCGUUGUUCUAUAUAAUGAAUAUCAUCCAGAAGGAGAUAUAAUCAGUGAAAUGAUGAAUAAAGACCUGAAAAGCAAUCCUGAUGCUCUACUAAUCGUUGGAACAUCACUCAAGAUUCCUGGCGUCAGGCAAAUGGUCAAACAGUUUGCAACUAAAGUAAGGGCAAAGAAAGGAUUCAUAAUAUGGGUAAACAACGAGCUUCCACCGCCUAACAUUAAAACUUUAUUGAAUAGGUGCGAUCUAGUGGUUUUAGGAGACUGCCAAAACCUUCCUGUUCUAAUGGAGCAAGAGAACAUCAAUUUAUAG